AGAAGCCAAGUAUUUUCCAUUUGUAUUGUAAUUAAUUUUCUUAAUUACAUUAACCCAUUAAGGCUCAUAGAUUAUAUAGCAUUUCUAUAACCUCAAAAAUAACUAUUGGGUUCAUAGCAUAACCGUAAAAAAAGUUAUCUCUAUUUUUUCUUUUUGCAAAAUAAUUUAUUUAUCUAAUUUGUUGAAACAAUUUAAUAAAAAUAAAUCGAUUUUUUAAAAACCAAUACCGCCAUUUGAAAGUAAUUAUUUAUUGCAAAAAGGUAUGGACGAAUAAAAAAGUUGUAAAGAGAAAAGUUGGUAAUUUUUUCACGUACUUUGGAAUGGAGGUAUUGGAUUUUUUAAAAUCGAAUUUUUUUACUAAAUUGUUUAAACGAAUUACAGUAGAAAUUUGACCAAAAUAUCAGCACUACGUAAAUUGUUGGAUUCUCUAAGGGUAUUCCCACAACCGACGCACUCAACUCUCUUAUAAUUUUGACUUUGAUUAAAUGAACUAUAAUUUAAGAGAUUAGAACAUAUUUUUAUUUGAGAAGAUUUUGGUUCAGCGAUUUUUUAAAUCUACGAUCAUAAGACUUUUAAAAUCCAAAGAAAAUUUCAAGUGUUUUAACUGUUGGGUUAAAUUAUUUCAGGCUCACCAUGCCUAAAUAUACGUGUCAAUUUUUCAUGUUUGAUGUUCGACUUUUUUGAUACAAGUUACUAUUUAUUUGAUACGAUAAAAUAACCCACACAGCUGGCGUUUACGGAAUUGCGCUCCGGGAGCUCUUGGAGCGAAAAGGGGUGUUCAACUUAUUUUCUUAAAUGUUUAACUUUUAGAAAAAGAUGGCAAUAUCGGGUAGAAAGAGAUAAAUUUAAAAGUUUGAGGUCUGCUUCUAUUGGUACCGGCAACGUAAUAUAAAUGCAUGCUUUUUAUAUUUUGUUUAUAAAAAAAUUCAUGUAAACAUUAUGAGUGUAAUUGCCGUUAUCACGGACCAGAAGGGUCGCCCUGUUUGUUCUAAUGGAAAAUAUUACUGUCAAGUAAAUUUGGGAGAUGGAAAUAUUAUAAAUAAAUUUAUUGAUAAGUCCUUCUUGGUGACAGAAGGCGAAGGCAAAGAUGCUGAAUUAAAAGAAGAGAAAAGUGAUCUUCAAACCAAAGAAAAAGAAGUUCUCUGGACUGAUGACACGAUUAAAUUAUUAAUUGAAAGCUAUAGAGAAAAAAGUCAGACUAAAACGUUUAAUAAAUUACUGCGGAAACAGAUCUGGCAAAAAAUUUCUGAAAAUCUGCAAGAAAGAGGGUAUGUUGUAACCGGAUCACAAUGUACUAAUAAAUGGAAAGGUCUAAUGAAGCAAUACAAAAAAAAAAGUCUUCAAUAAAUAAAACAGGUUCAGUUCCUCGAUUUUGGAAAUACUUUGAUUCUAUAAAUGAAUUUAUGGAAAAUAAUCUAUCUAUUUCACCAACUGCUUUGUCAUCGAAUUUGAAGGGUUAUGUAGUUCAUCAGUCAAAAAAGAAACAAUUGUUUAUGUUUAUUUUUUCAAUUUUUACAUUUUUUUAUUAUUUUUGUUAUGUAUCAAUAAAAGUUAACGUCAUCAAAAUAUAUGCAUAUAAGGUUACAUUCAAUUAUAAUAGGCAUAUAAAUAGUAGAACGCUAAAUAUUUUUGUUCUCUAUAGUACUCUUAAUUUUUCUUGCUUAUUUUAUUUUCAUUAAUGUUUUUUAUAUUCUAUAUGUAAAGAAAAGACAAUUUUAUAUUGUAUAAUUAUUAUUCAAGAUUACAUCUAGAACAAUACGACUAUAGAAAUUUAGUAAUCACUUAAUAGUUCCUAUUAUUUUCUUAAAUUUGAUAUUUCCUCCUGAAUAUGUGAUAUUAAUUCAGAGGAAUAAUAAACUGCAUAAUUACUUUCACUGCUUGUUAGCAAAAAAGAAAGAAAUUAAAAAAUUACAUAUUUUUUAUUUAUAGUAUUAAAAUUUGUUAAAUUGAUAUUAUAUUGUUUAUGAUUAUUUUUUAAUUUUCAUUUUUUUGUGUUAUUUCUGCAAUUUAAAGAUAAACGAUACCAUGUUCAAUUAAAUUUAUCAUUACUUUCAAUUUUGUUCUGCAUUGCUCUUAUAGUCGAAAGGACAAAAAGUAAAGUGCCUUAGUUCUUUUCUCUGAAAGUCUCAAGUAAAUAUUCAAAUAUGUUAUUACUUGCAUAGCCGUAUACAAAAUUAAUUGAAAAAAAGGAUAAGGUACUUACUUAUUUUUGUUUACUAGUAGUAAAUUUAAAUUAAAAAACUACUUUAUUUAUAUAAUUAGUAUUAAAAUUUAAUGACACACUGAAAAUUCAUUAUUAUUAGAGUGCAAUAGUGCGAUAAAUUAUGUCUCAAAAAAUGCCUUAUUUUAAAAACCAGGGAGACCAAACGUAUAUCUUCCUUUAUAAAAAAUCUGAGUGAACAGUAUUUAGCAUUUAAGUUCGUAAACAAUAAUACACUAUAAUAAGUAUAUAAGAAAAACGAGAAAUUACUUAUUUAUACUUUUGUUGCUUUCCAGUAUUUAUAUACUUUUUAUUUUAUUAUUUAUUUUUAACAAUUUAUUUUAUGUUCUAUGUGCAAUGGAAAGAUUUAUGUUUAUAGUAUCUAAUAUUUAUUUCAAGUUACAUCGCACUCUAUGACAGUAUUAUAUUUUUCAUAGAUUUACUUUUAUCUCUUAUUAAUAAAUGUUUUGUCAACUUUCUACCAAAUAGUCUAUAUUUCAUUAAAACUUUUAUUGUGUUGAAUAAUCAUGAGAAUUAAAAUUAACGAGCUUCAGAAUUCUGUUACAGUUGAGACAAGAUAAUUUCACAGAAAAGCCAUUUAGUAACGUUCAAAACAUUUUUUGUCAGUUUUUUCCCAAGUACAACUUUUAUAUUUUUUCAUGAUUAAAGAAUAUAUAAAGACGAAAAAAUCAGCUGCACAAUAUGUAAAAAAUGAAUAUUUUUUAGUCUUUCUUCACUGAAGUAUAUUAAACCACCUAUCUAAAAAACAUCACAAGUUUCGAACUUUGUCCGAUAACUGUACUACAGAUUUCUUAAAAAAUGUUGAUCAACAUGUGUUAUAAAUACAAGUUCUGCAUCUAAAGAAUUUGAGUUUUUUACUGAUCAUAUUUUACCCUUAAAAUAAUGGUAUUUUUAACAACCUUAAUUAUUUUGGAUUAACUUGCUCAGUAAAUAUACACUUAAUUUCGUAUUUUUUGCUAUCCAAUUUAUCAUAUUUUAACUACCCAACGACUUUGGAUAUUUUGCUGAUCAGAUUUAUCCUCGAAAUCAUAUCUUUAACCAUCCGGAUGACCUUCAUUUUUUUAAUUUCCUGAUUCACCCUUUAGAUUAU